CUGAUUCUACUGUUAUCUCUAGGCGGGAAAGUCCCAGAGAUAACGUGGUUGGAGUUGAUUCUUUGAGUGGUUCAGUUGUGUUCACACUUAUAAUAAUUUUAAUAUUAAAGUUUACGGAUAAUUUGUUAUUCAAUUAGACAUGCCUAACCCAGAGAUUACUUCAACAAAUGUUAACUCUAAUGGUCAUUCUGAUAAAAAAGAAUCUUUAAAUGCACCCUCAAAUGAACAAAAUAAUAAGAAGGAAAAUGUUGAUGAAAUGCAAUAUAUUGACCAUUUAAAAAAAAUAUUAUCAUCAGGUGUGAAGAAAGAUGAUAGAACUGGUGUUGGCACAUUAUCGAUUUUUGGUGCUCAAAUGCGUUAUUCUUUAAGAGAUGGUAUUCUACCAUUACUUACUACAAAGAAAGUUUAUUGGCGUUCUGUUCUUAAAGAACUGAUUUGGUUUAUCAGUGGAUCAACAAAUGCUAAAGUUCUAUCUGAGAACAAUGUACACAUUUGGGAUAAGAACAGCUCUAGAGAAUUCUUGGAUAGCUUGAACUUCACUGAUAGAGAAGAAGGUGACCUGGGUCCAGUUUAUGGCUUUCAAUGGAGGCAUUUCGGUGCCAAAUAUGAAAAUAUGCAUUCCGAUUACAAAGGUCAGGGUGUUGACCAGCUGCAAAACAUCAUUAAGAUGUUAAAAGAGAACCCAGAUGACAGGAGGAUGAUCCUGUCCGCUUGGAACCCUGUUGAUCUUCCUCAAAUGGCUUUGCCUCCAUGCCAUUGCCUCGCACAGUUUUAUGUUGCCAAUGGAGAAUUGUCUUGCCAACUAUACCAAAGAUCAGCUGAUAUGGGAUUGGGCGUUCCAUUUAAUAUUGCUAGUUAUGCAUUUUUAACUCACAUGAUUGCGCACAUCGUUGAUUUAAAGCCUGGUGAUUUCAUCCAUACUUUAGGUGAUAGCCAUAUCUAUUUGAAUCAUGUAAAAUCUUUGGAGGUUCAAAUAACUCGAGUUCCUAAACCCUUCCCUACAAUCUCAUUUAAAAGAAAGAUCGAAAAUAUUGAUGAUUUCAAAUUUGAAGACAUAAUAGUGUCAAACUACAAUCCUGAUGCAAAAAUAGACAUGGAAAUGGCUGUUUGAUUCCAUCCAGAGACAAUUGUUCUCUUUACAUGGUUGCCUAUUAUGAUUCAGAGCAGAGGUCAGUCAAUUUUAAGAAAAAUUUAAUUAAUUAAGUUAAUUUUUCAUCUUUAGGUUUUAAAUUGUACCCUUAAACCUCAAAUACAUUUUUUUUUUUUUAAAUGCCAAAUUUCUUUGACUUUCUCUAAUCCUCAAGUUAUAUCUUUCAUUAUAAUUAUUUUCUCUUUAGAACAUUAGAUAUUUCAGAUUACUUAAUACUUUGCAAACUUUCGGUGUCCAGCAGGAAUUUUCUAAUUAGGCUGAAGAAGGAAGACAAAGCCUGGACUUGGGCCAAUUAGACAACUAUACAAUUACAUACAACAAUUAGACAAUAUACUAAUUGUCUAAUUGUUGGAAGAAGCAUGGAUGAACUUUUAGGCAGUGAUCCUGAGUGCAGCAGAAGUAGUUUGUGGGAAGGUGACAGAGGAAAAAAGACUAAAUGGUGGGCGCAGGUUUUGAGGAAAGGUGUGAGAAAGAAGAAACACCUUUGGAGAAGCUACCUGGGAGAGAAAAAUCGGGAAAGCUAUGAAAAGUAUAAGGUGCAGAGGAAGAAAGUGAAGGAGAAACAGAAAGAAUUUAUGGAAGAACAAGCAAAAACUGUUCUACAAAGUUUUGAGAAAUGUGAAGAAAUGCCCUAUAAAGUUUAUAAAGGCUAAGGACCGGCAAAUAAUAAGUGAGCCGAAGCGAAUAUUGGAAAGAUGGAGGAAAUACUUUAGAGAGUUACUGGAUGGGAAUGAUAGGAGCGAAGAACUGGAAAAUUUCCAGGAGAUAAAUGAGGAUAGUGUGGAGCUGCAGCAAGAAAAAGGCGACCUGGUAGAAAAAGAGGAAAUGUGAGAUGCAUUGGAUAGGAUGAAGCUGGGAAAGGCAGCAGGUCAUGUUGGAAUAACACCCGAGAUGCUUAGAUAUAUGAGGGAGGCAGGAGACGAAUUACUCUUCGGGGUAUUAAAAUUGGCCUAGAAAGAUAAGAAGAUUCCGAAAGAUUGGAAAUCUCAAUCAUUGUCCCAAUCUUCAAGAAAGGUGAUACUCGAGAAUGUGCCAAUCAUAGAGACAUUGCUUUGCUGAGUGUCCCAGGUAUAAUAUACUCACGUAUUUUGGAAAGAAAAUUGAGGAACGAGGUAGAACACCAUCUGGACGAGGAGCAGAGUGGCUUACGACCAGGCAUGAGUACUCAAGAUCACAUCUUUGCGCUACGCCAAAUAUGUGAGAAAUUCAUCGAGUAUGAUAAAGAGUUUACCUGUGCUUUAGACUUGGAGAAGACGUUCAACAGGAUACCUUGAAAUGAAUUAUGGACUUCACUCAGGAAUAAACAAGUGUCUGAGGCUCUUAUACAGAGAAUUAAAUCAUUCUAUUAGAUCUGCAGAAACUAUGUUAGAACGUCCCAUCAAACAUCUGCUGAAUUUGUCACUACAAUGGGAGUCAGGCAGGGAGACAUAGGAAGCCCUCUAUAUUUUAUCACCCUCAUGGAUGAUGUUAUUAGGGAAUGUAAGAGGAAAACAAGGAAGACACCACUUGGAUAUUGGAAAUUGCAACCUGUCAAUUGUUCAUCGUUUGCAUUUGCUGAUGACAUUACGCUAAUAGCUGACACUAAAGAAAAGUUUCAGGCAAAUUUAAAUGUCUGGACUGAAGAGUUAGCAAAAAGAAAUAUGGUCAUUAGCACUUCCAAGACAAGGUGUAUGCUGGUGUCCAGAAACAAGAAGGAUUUUGGGAUUCACAUUCAUUAGGAGAUGAUACAGCUGGUUCCUGAUUCCUACAUUCAAGUAUUUGGGUGUGAUGAACAGUGAGAGCGGGAAGAUCAGAGAUGAAAUUAAUAAGAGAGUUGCCACUUCAGGAAGGAUGUUCUCUGUCAUCAAUAGGAAGUUUUUAAGUAAGAGAGAAGUGGAAAAAGAAACAAAACUAGCCGUCUAUCGCUUGAUGUUCGUUCCUAUACUCCCCUGGGCCUGAAGCAACAUGAUCGCAGUCGCCUCCAAAGCAUGGAAAUGAGAUAUCUUAGAAAAAUUGAGAGAAAGACCAAGAGAGGCCGAAUAUGUAACACAACUAUACGGACUACACUAAAAAUUGAACCUCUCAACCAGAUAAUAGAGAAAGGGCAACUUGAUGGUUCGUUCAUGUAAUGAGGAUGGAUGACUGCGUUUAGCAAAGAAAAUUGUGAAGGCUAAACCAACGGAAAAACGGCCUAGAGGAAACCAAGAAUUACGUGAAAAGAUAAUUUGAAGAAUAUUCUUAAAGACAGAGGAAUUGGAUGACCGGAAGCCAGAAGAGCAGUCCUCAACAGAAACUGAUAGAAAUCCUUGUACAAAAAUCUCUGCACCGAAAGGUAAAAGAGAAUAUUGAAUAAGAAGAAGAAGAAAAAAGAAGACUAUGUUUAUUUUUAUAAAACUUGAAUUGCCUAUUGUUAUGCUUUUGUCAUGUUUAAUUAAUAUUUAUGAUUCAAAGGGCAUUGUAAUUUAACUUUCAAUAAACUAUUUAUUAAUUGAAUUAUCAAGUGCUAUGUAUGAAUUGUACAAAUAAAUAGAUCCUUAUUAAUUAUUCUUGAAAUAUAUGAUUUUG